UUAAAACUCGUGUUUUCAAUGUUUACGGUGCCGGAACGGUUAGCUUGAACAUGUAGCAAAAAACAAACCCGGUAGAGAAUAUAAAGCAAAAAAGUCGUGUAAAAAGACGUUUGUUGCCAAAACUGUUUUACAAGGAAGCUUUGUACGUUAGCUAGCCUUUCGUGUUGUUGAUUUUGUAACGAAAAACGUUUCAGGCGUGAAACUGAAACAAGCAUGACUGAUUCUCAGGUCGUCCCCGUAAUUGAUGUCCAUAGCGGCAACUUUAAGGAGCUGUGGCCAGCUUUGGUGGUUGCAAUCAAAACAUCGAGCUUUAUUGCACUGGACACUGAGCUCAGUGGAUUGGGAAACAGGAAAUCCCUUCUGGCUGAAUCUAUAGAAGACCGGUAUAAGGCCAUUUGCCACGCUGCCCGCUCUCGCUCCAUCCUCUCCCUUGGAUUUGCGUGUUUCAAGAAACUGGACCAUAAGAGUCCGGAUUCAUACCUGGUCCAGGUGUAUAAUCUCACCUUGCUGUGUUCUGAGGAGUACAUCAUAGAACCACAGUCCGUACAGUUCCUGGUUCAGCACGGGUUUGAUUUUAACAAGCAGUACAGCCAUGGAAUCAGUUACUGCAAGGGCAACAACAAGGGAGGAUCAGACGAUCGGGGGAUCCACAUCCGGGCAUUAUUCACUGAACUGCUGCGGGCCAGAAAACCCCUGGUGCUACAUAACGGCCUCAUUGACAUGGCCUUCCUUUACCAGAGUUUUUAUGCCCACCUCCCUGAACGCCUGGCCACCUUCACUGCAGACCUGUCCGACAUGUUUCCUGCUGGCAUUUAUGACACAAAAUACAUAACAGAGUUUGAGCUCCGGCUGACUGCCUCCUAUCUGGAGUACGCCUACAAAAAAUGUAAGCUGGAUAACAGCCGCGGUGUCAGCUCGGGAGCGCCUGGACCUCACCUCCACAUUGGCUUCUGUCAGUAUGCUGGUCACAUGUCCACGUAUGUGGAUUACCGAGAGUGUCCGGCGGUGGCGUCCUCAGAGGAACAGACUGAAGUCUGCCAGCGCUUCUCUGCCUUCGGCUGGUGUCCCAACGGCACCAAGUGUCCAUUAUCCCACGACACAGACCUGAUCAUUCUCCAGGAUGAGAAAUGCAAAGACGAUAAGAGAAAGAAGAGGAAGAGACAGCGAGAGAAAAAGAGAGGUGGAGGAGCGACUGCAGAGGGUUCUGCAGUUUUUGACGGCGCCCCUCUAAACAAAAUACCAAACAUGGAGGUGGAUCCAGAAGGUGACAAGCAGGACACGACAACCGAGACACGGCGAGAUGAUUUGCCACAUGGAGAAAGCGAGGCCAAACCGGACGAAGAGCAGAGCCUGAGCGCUGAAAAAGACGGCGGAGCGGAACUCCAAAACUGCCCGACAACGGGCACAGCGGAGGAAAGCAAACCAGAAGAAGGAAGCGAGGAAAAGCUUAGCGACCGCUCCGUCAAGGCCCAAAAGAAGAAAGCCGACACAGGCACGCAUCGAGCGGGGUUCGAUGCCUACAUGACGGCUUAUAUCUUCGCUUUCUCCUGCGCUCUCUCCAAGAAGGAGGACUCUGAAGUUGGCGAAAAUGAGAAAGAGCAGUCAUGUCUUCCUGCUUGUCUUAAUAAGGUCUAUCUGAGCGGCAAAGCAGCUCCUCUCAAUGUGGUAAAAAGCACAUUCACAAAAUCAUCCAAGGCCCACUUGCAGAAGAUGGAGAUGGUGUGGGGUGGGAGCAUGUAGUGCAGACACUCUGAUUAGUAUUAACUUUUCAUUAAAUAAAAAUACAGGAUUCCUCCAACGGAAUAGGAUUUUGGCACUUCUUUUUUAUUUGGAUGUCACUGCAAAAGUGUUUGGUUUUAUUUUUUUACAAGCAUUUUUGACAGAAUAUCUGCAAAGUGAAAGAUGUUUAUUCGAUUUUGGCUGAUAUCAUUUUUGCAAAGGGAAUGACAACUAAAUAAUUUCAUUUUUUCAUCUAUAUAAGCAUUAUUCAGCAGCAAACAUUUUAUUAGCCAUUGAUUUACACAUAAAGGUGCUGAGAAGCAUGGUUAAUUUUUAACAUGUCAUCAGAAAAGACCUGGUUUUGUUCAAUUCAGCUGCAUUUUCUAAAGAUGUUAAAAAAUGAAAAUAAAUGCAAUUGGCUUCUGUUUUAUUCAA